AUGCUUCAGCUUCAUCUGCAUCCAUCGGGACCGUUCCUUUGCCAACCUAGUCUACGACUACGGAGGAGUAGUCAAUUUCCUCUCGCUCAUCGCUGCCGAAUUCGUAACCCGCGGGCUGCAGGCUUUGCAGUGUUCUACCAACCAUCGAACGCUUAUUGUGGAAGCGGGUUCGGUCGCAGCGAAGAAUUGCCCCACAGCCCCAAUUUACUCCUACAUACGAGUAUUCUUGUAUGGAAGAGGAUCCCACCAUCCGCCUUCACCACAAGAGAAAUAUCACUCAAACGGAGUCAGCUUGAAGACUGCUGCAUGUCAUCUCCCUUGUUGAUCGAUGGGGAAUGGAAUCUGUUACAGUUUCCUGAUAAGCGCGACCUUGCCUUGGUAGGCGAACAAGCGUCCGUUGAUAAUGGGCUAAGCAUGCAUCUCACUCCUGUAACAAGCAUCCGCCGGUGGAUUGUCAUGUAAACUAUUUUGUUUGACGGUCAAGAUGUCUGCGCACACCUAACACAGUACAAUACAUAUUGAGCUAUUUUAUAUCUGGUGGAUUGAGUGCUUAACGUUCUGAGCACGGCAUAUCAUGUGUUAUGUUGUGGAAAACCUAGCUUAUAAGUAGCCAACCCACAUACUGAAUCAUGAACCCGGUCUCGAAUCAAUUGGACAAUAUCGAGGGAUGUGUGAUUAGAUGACAAUUCAAC